AUGGCUGACAAGAAAAAAGAUAAUAAGAAGAAGUUCACCUUCGGGCCGUUCGAGCAAGCUCUCUUAGUACUUGUCGUACUGGGGUUUGGAUAUCACAUUCUUACACGACAAGAAGCUGCUCAAGAUAGAGCAAAGGCACUUGCGAAAGCCAAAUCUUCUUCUUCUUCAUCUUCCUCGUCCAGAUCAAGUUCUUCAUCUUCCUCUCAGAAACCUCUUUCUUCAUCCGAUAUCAGAGCAGGUGGUAUGCCAUCUUCUUCGUCAUCUUCCAAGAGAGUAGGUAAUCCUGCACCAAAGCAGAUAUCAGGUUUGUCAAGUAAAGAAGACCCGUCGAGUCUUGGAUUUAGGAAGAAUUACUUUUUGACUAUGCAGGGUCCAGGAAGACCCGCACUGGUACCUUUCCAAGAUGGUCUUAGACCUAAGAAAGAUGCUGCUGAUCUUAUGGCACCUCCGCUGGACAAGGAUAAGUUGAAGGCAACGAUGAAGAACCCUUGGGCAACGGAGAUGAUAGAGAAGGAUAUCCAGUUGCUGAAAAUUGCAAAGGCUCAAAAGGAGGAAGAGGAACGAUAUUCGAAAGUGGCCAAUCUACUGCAGACUAUCCUCGGUUUCUUGCUUUGUGCCGUCGAUAUGCGUUUGGGGACCCUGGCCAUCGUAUUCUUCCUAUGGCGUCACUUUACCAAACUUCACGACGAAUCCAUGUCUGACGAAAAAGACGCGUUGGACAAAGAGAAGAAAGAGAUCUCGGAGAAGUUACGAGAAGCCAAAAAGGCAGGAAUGUCUUCACAGGAAUAUGCAGGUUUACAAAUGGCUUUGGAGAGAUUAGGAUAA